UCCCCCGUGUCUCCCCGUUGCAAGCUGGCAGUAACCGAGUCCCCACAGCGGGCAGCACUCACCUGGAGGGCCCGGGGAGGAGGAGGCCUGCGUUGGGUGCUCGGAACUCGCCGUCCUGCGGGGGUGGGAAGGUGCCGGGCCGGCAGAGGCUAAGGGGAGGUCACAGGGUAGGCGAGGCGGUAAGUGCGGCCUCCAUGCCUGUACUCUAUGCUCCGGCUGCAUUGUGGGAGUCUGACCUCACUGCUCGCCGCCGCUACUACACGCAGACAUGGGAGCUGUAACUGAUGAUGAAGUUAUUCGGAAGCGACUUUUAAUUGAUGGAGAUGGGGCAGGUGAUGAUAGGAGAAUCAACUUAAUGGUAAAAAGUUUCAUUAAAUGGUGCAACUCUGGAUCACAGGAAGAAGGAUAUACCCAGUACCAGCGAAUGCUGAGCACUUUAUCUCAAUGUGAAUUUUCCAUGGGAAAAACUCUUCUUGUUUAUGAUAUGAACCUUCGGGAAAUGGAAAACUAUGAAAAAAUCUAUGUUGAUAUAGAGAGUAGCAUUGCUGCAGCACAUGAGAAAAUCACGGAGUGCAAGAAGCAAAUAUUGCAAGCCAAGCGAAUCCGGAAGAAUCGUCAAGAAUAUGAUGCUUUAGCCAAAGUAAUACAGCAUCAUCCAGAUAGACAUGAAACACUGAAGCAGCUGGAUUCUUUAAGCAAGGAGCUACAGCAGCUGCUACAUACUAAAGAAUGUGUGGAAGACAAGCUGGAAUUAAGAAGGAAACAAUUCCACGUUCUCCUGAGUACCAUCCAUGAACUUCAGCAAACACUGGAUAAUGAUGACAAACUUGCAGAAGAAUCUCAAGACUCGCAAAUGGACACACAAACUCGGUGAUCUAAAUAUCAUCUGUAAUUCCAUUUAAAUUGUUGGAUGUUCGGUGCCUGUCUGUGAAAAAAUAUGACACGUGUUAAAAAAAACCCCCAACACCUUGCUUAAUGUCAAACAAUUUUUGUUUUAUAUAAUGAAUACAUAGCUGAGGUUUGUCUCUGGAUACCAGAGUUUGUUUCUUAUGUACAAUUAUUAUUCCAAGAUAGUUUUUUCAUUUUCAUUUCAGAUUGAAAGUUUGCUUAUUUGUAAUGGAAACCUUUUUUUGCAAUAAAUUUAAAAAAAACAUGAA